CUGGACAACGCUCCGGGUAUGGAAGCCACGCGCCAAUUCAGCCACCAUGUCGCCGGCUCCCUCAGCCUGGUAGUCAACGAGGACCAGGAAGAAAUACACGAUGCGCAGGCUGUGGAGCCCCAGCUGGACACAGAGGGAGGAGAUGAGUUCGAGCCUGAGCUGGGGGCCGCGGUCGAAGAAACAGCAGUAGGGGCCGAAGAGACAGAAGAAAAUUGUGGUGGCAUUUCCAGAGAAUUUCCUGGCCCCAUCGAUGAUGAAAACCAUGAGGCCAGCAACGACAGUGGUGAGGAACCUGGGCGGGAGAAGCCAGAGCUAGAGGAGCCUGAGUUAGGGAAGCUGGAGCAGGAGAAUCCUGGGCAGGAGGAGCCACAGCUUCAGAAGGAGCUGGAGGUGGAGCAGCCAGUGCAGAAGGAGCUGGAGCAGAAGGGGCCACAGCAGGAGGAGCAACAGCGGGACGAGCCACUGCAGGUCGAGCCAAAGCGGGUCGAGCCACAGCGGGUCGAGCCACAGCGGACCGAGCCACAGCAGGAGGAGCCACAGCAGGACGAGCCACAGCGGGUCAAGCCACAGCAGGACGAGUCACAGCAGGACGAGCCACAGCAGGAGGAGCCACAGCUGGACGAGCCACAGCAGGAGCCACAGCGGGAGGAGACACAGCAGGAAGAGUCACAGCAGGAGGAGCUGGCCGUAGAAGCUGCCCUCGUGCCACAGUCUAGGAGCAGUCAGCAGCGCUUCCAAUGCACCAGGUUAACUCCAUUGCAGGUACAAGAGCUGGAGAGAGUUUUUCAAGGCGAUCAUUACCCCAGCAGAAAAACGAGAGCCCAAAACUGCUUUAGCCCGGAGCACCGCUCCCCACCCGUCCCUCUCCUCAUGCCCUCUGCUCUUGGGUUCUGGGAUGGGGCUCUGCCAACUGGACGUCAAG